GAACCACUGUUCCAUCCCAGGUACUGAAAGAGAGACUCGCUGAAUUGGAAACUGAAAUAGAGCGAUUCAGAGCUGAAAACACAACUCUAACUAAGCUCCGUGAAGAAAGAGAGCAUGCCUUGGCAAAUAUCAGGAAAGAAAUUGCAGACUUUCAACAGCAGAAAGCGCAAGAACUGGCUGAAAUAGAAGAAUAUAAAAAAAAAGAAAUGAAAAAACUGCAAAAGGAGCGUAAAGUUUUUGAAAAGUAUACCACAGAAGCUAGAGCAAUUCCAGAUAAAAAAGAACGUGAUGAAAUUCAGGCUUUAAAACAGCAGAUUGCAGAGUUACAGGAAGAUUUAAAACGAAAAGAGGCAAAAUGGUCAACCACUCAUCGACGCCUGAAAGAUCAAUUAGAAGCUUUAGUAAAUGAGAAUAUGGAGCUAAGAGAGGAAGUCAAAAUUAUGGAGAGGUUUCGUCUAGAAGCCUGGAAGAAAGUAGAAGCUGCUGGAGGCAAGAGGAAAAUAGAAAAUUCUGGGAUGCCUCUAAAAAGAGCAGAAUCUGUAAGUCUACAAAAUAGAGACCCAAAAAGUCAAACUGCAUCUCCGCUUCUUCCAGUGCAGAAGUGCAGCAAGAUCAGUGGCAAAAGUUAUUCACAGGCAAAAGGAAAGCUUGCUAGAACACCUGCAGCAGCACCUCCUAGUGACAGAAGCAACUCUGAGACAAUGAUGGCACUAGAAGAUUCUUCUAGGACUUUUAUGGUAGACACCUCUCCUACCGAAGCUCACGUGUCACUGCCGUCUGGACCUGUAUAUACAGACAGUGAAGAGAUACAGAGAGAAACUGCAUAUCCUGAUGGAAAGGUUGAAAAGGUUUUGAAAAAUGGUUGUCACCUCAUAUUUUUCCCCAAUGGGACAUGGAAAAAAGUGGGUUCUGAUGGGAAGACCGUAACUAUAACCUUCUUCAAUGGGGAUGUGAAGCAGGUUAUGCCUGAUCAAACAGUGAUUUAUUAUUAUGCUGAUGCUAAGACUACACAUACUACAUACUCCGAUGGCUUAGAAAUCUUGCAAUUUUCAAAUGGACAAAUAGAGAAGCAUUAUCCUGAUGGCAAGAAAGAAAUUACCUUCCCUGAUCAAACUAUUAAAAAUUUAUUUACGGAUGGGCAAGAAGAAAGUAUCUUUCCGGACGGUACUAUCGUUCGUACUCAGCGAGAUGGCAGCAAAACUAUAGAGUUCAAUAAUGGCCAGAGAGAACUACACACAGCACAGUUCAAGAGACGGGAGUAUCCGGAUGGUACUGUCAAGACUGUGUACGUGAAUGGACAGCAGGAAACAAAGUAUGUCUCAGGGAGAGUAAGAGUCAAGGACAAGGAUGGUAACAUUAUCAUGGACACUAAGUUGUAG